UGGAAAGUAUUGUUACGCUUCUAUUAUCUUCAGGUACGUAAAAAAACCGUGGUCAGACAGGCCUGCUAAAGAUAUCUCUAGUAGGCCGUGGGUCGGAUAAAAUCAAAGCAUAUCCGAUUCUUAACCCAACACAGCAUAUAUACUACGUCUUUAACACCUAGUCCUAGACCACGUCUGUCUUCACGUCACUGUGUUUGAGACUACUAAGAAAUUUAUUAGCGUGCUGGGAGGGAAAUUGAGGAGCAGGAGCAGUGCAUGCGGCUCAAGGCGCGUUUUAGGGAAAACAAGCGAAAACAUUGUAACGGUAUAACCUUCAUAUAUUUAUGCAGUAAAAAGUAGCUUUUACAUACGUCAAGGCUGUGAUUUUAAACGUACUCAACAAUAUCUUGUUUGUUUCGUCAAAAUCCAAAAUGUGGAGGAUAAUAAACAUUGAUUGAGGAGUAAAUAAACAUUAUGUCGUCACAGUUUGUAAAUUAAUGUUUGUAGAGACUGAAAGUGAUUUAAAUGUAUGUGUAAACAACAUGGAGAAGAAAAGUCGGAGAGGUGCUGUGAUUUCGCACAACGAAGGGGUGGCAGAUGGCCGCGAUAACUCCCCGUACAUGGCCGACAACGAUGUUGAAAGUGAGGAAAACGAGUGGGAAGAAGAACCCGGGUGCGAAAGCUGGCGGAAGGACAAAGCGAUACACGAACUCGCGCAGAAGAUUAGCGAAAGCGAAGUUUUUAAUGGUCUGAUUAUGGCGGCAAUUUUCGCCAACUCAAUAAUAAUGAUGCUUGACGUAAACAACUACUAUCCUUCCAUGAAACCUUACUUUCCAGCAGCAGACAUUGCUUUCCUGGCGAUCUAUUCUAUAGAGUUCGUUGUCAAAAUCUAUGCAGAACCUAUUCAGUAUUGGACUACGUGGUCGAACCGAUUCGAUUUUUUUAUCCUUCUUAUAUCGUAUAUGCAGGUGCUGGUGGAUCAGUUUUUUGCCGAUGCCUCAAAAGAAGCUUCUUGGACUGGUGCUCUGCCAAUGCUGAGAACUUUAAAAGCAACGCGCGCCCUGCGUGCAAUGAGAGCUGUAUCAUUUGUUCGUGGUUUACAAGUUCUAUUGACUGCUCUCAUAGACACGAUGAAAAAGUCCUUUAUCAACGUAAUGCUCAUACUGCUAUUUGUGAUGUUUCUCUUCGCUAUCUUUGGAUAUUACAUGUUUGGUUACAAAGGGGGAGAUGAGGAGAAUUGGGGGGAUCUUGGUUCUGCAUUUCUCACGCUCUUCAGCUUCGUUACGGUCGAUGGAUGGUUUGAUGCACAAAUUGAAAUGGAUGAAAGAACAACGCCCUCCUCACGAAUAUACACCAUACUCUUUAUCAUUUGUGGACACUUCUUGAUAUUCAAUAUAUUUGUUGGAGUCAACAUAAUGAACAUUCAGGAGGCAAACGAAAACUACCACGAACAGGUUAUUGCUGAAAAGGAAGCUAUUUUAGCCAGAAAGAAGGAAAGCAUUCUUCAUCGACAGCACGAAGACGUAAGAAAGUUAAAAGAAAAACAAAAAGAGAAAGAUUGCGGGAAUUUUUAUGAGAUGGUCAAAUCAUUUCAAGAAUCUUUGCAUAAUGACGAUUACGUCAUUCAAGAAGAUUUGAUCACAAAUUUAGAUUGGAUGGAAUUAUACAUUGAAACUCUUGCCCACAUGGAUGAGGGAGUUGUAAAGAUUCGGCAAUAUCAUUAUGAGAUAUCUCAUAUACUGACGCAAGCUUUUAGCAAAGAAAUUUCAAAGCGACUUGGAGAGUAAAACGAUGCGUUAGUAUUUGUGUGAACAAUACAGAAUGUCUUUUAAAACUUUCUAUUUCUAGUGCGGUGGUGUUUUUGUCUAGUAAACGUAUGGACGAGUUACUCCUUUCUUAGUUUUUCCGCUAUAGAAGUCGCUAAUCAUUUGUGGAGCGUAUUUUGGAUACUGUGCGUACUCUUUAAACAUUAACGAUUUGGAUUUGGGCGUUGGUAACUCUGGGACAAUAGCCUUUGCCUCGUCCUCGAUUUUGUUUGGGUCUGCUCGUUUUCUUCCGAAAACACGCGAAGUUGUCCGAGCACUAGGUGUAGGUUCCCAUGAAGUUGCUUCGAUUGCAUUAGGACGACCUAUAAGAACAAAAACUUUCCUCAUGCAUUUUUAUGGCGGUGUAUAAACACAUAACGCUA